UUAUAGGUAUCUAACUUUUAAACACAAACAUUGGAUUUAUUCAUCUUUCAUUCUCGUUCGUUUAAUAUUUACUAUUUAGUCAUAAAUCGCUAUUCGGCAAUCGGCAGUAUUCGCCAAAAAAAGUUUUCCAAAUUUUGAUAUUUUGGAUGACGAAUAAUGGAAAUUACAUAGCUAAUCCUCUAUUACAUUUACAAACGUCAAACAUUAUGACGUAUACUUUGAAUAUUUAAUUUGUAUACAAGUACCAAACCAAAUACUUAUCAAUCUAAAAUAUUUAAGUUACAGACUAGCAGGCUACAAUAAUAAUAAUAAUAUAGUAUAAUAAUUUAAAACAAAAUGUAUCCAACACCGUGGACUACCUCGGUUCCACCGCCUGCAGCUCCCAAGCCUAUAGUUAACAGUUAUGAAAACAAUAUGCAGUCAUUUCCAUUUUAUGGUGCAAAUACUAUGCAAAAUAUUUCUAUAAAUCAGUCACAUCAACCAAAUGCAAUAGAUCCAGCUAUGGUUCAAAAAUGGCAAGAAUGGAAAAGAUGGGAGGCAUGGCAACAACAAUUUCAACAAUGGCAACAACAGACUGGACAAAUUACUCCUGCAACCACACAACCAGCACCUCCUCCAAUGCCUCCAAGUCAAGUAUUACCACCUUCACAACCCCCUCCAAUCACAUUUCAAAAUCAACAAUAUUCUUACCAUCAACCAGGACCACCUUUACCAGUAACAAAUCAAUCUCAACAGAAUACCAUAAAUAAUGAAGUUGGGUUAAAACGAGGAUUAGAACCAGAAUUUCAAAGUGAAAAAAAAAUAAAAAUUGAUAUAGGCAAUAAUAAGAAAGAAAUUGAAUUAAACGAUGAAACUGAAGUUUUGUUUGAAGAACAGUUUAAAUCAUGGGAAGAACAAUUUCUCAAAUGGAAAGAACAAAACAAAAACCAUCCAGAUAAAGUUCAGUAUUUAGAGUAUGAAAAAAAAUGGAUAAAUUGGCGUGAUAAUUUAAAACAGAAGUGUGAAGUACUAAAGAAAAAGAGGGAGUUAAAAUUAGUUGAAAAAAAGAAGGAAGCUAUUCAAGUGGAAGAAAAUAAAUUACAAACCCAACAGAGAUUAAGCUACAAUCCCAUGAUGCCAAAUGAUUCAAAUGAACCACCUCUAGGACCACCACCACCACCUUCACUGCAGCAUUCGCAUAAUAAUUUGAUGACACAUUCAAAUUCUGAAAAUCAAAUACCUGGAUUGGAUUUAGCUAGCAAUAAUGAAAAUCCAACAAAGGGAUUUCUGAAUGUAUCAAGGAUUCUUCCACAAAAUCAAAUUAAACCAAUUCAAACCCCGGAUGACAAGCCAUUUAAUUUUCCCAAAAGUAUUAUGAACCCUUCAACAUUAAACUCAAAUCCAACUAUUAUGCCUUAUAACAAAAUGAAUCAACCACCCAUGUACCAAAAUUCUUCUAGUUGGUCUAAGUUUAAUAAUCCAGUGGUAUAUCACAAUCAGUUACCACCCGAUAAUAACACUUCAAUAUCUAACUUUGGUAAAAAGACUGAUAUUGAUUCCAGACUUCAAUAUGAUGGAAAUAUGCCUAAUUUAAAUUAUAAUAGUUCACAAAAUGCUUCUAAUAUGAACUAUAGAAGACCAUUAUUGGAAGGAUCUUAUAGUAAAUCAUCGAGUGAAGCUAGUAAACUGUAUAACAAAUCUCCGGAUGAGCAACCAUAUAAUAGACAAUUUAAUACAUCAUCAUCAAGUGAUUUCCAUGGUUAUAACCAAACAAAAGGAAAUGUUUCUGAUUUUCACAAUUUCAGCAGACAAUCGGAGAACUCUAACACUCCUUAUCAAAAGUCAAAUCCAAGCUUGAACACAUCAUCUUCAAAGCCACCCUCUUUAUUAAGCCUGAACUUAAUUAAACCCAUUUCCCUAGAUAAUUCUGAAAAUUACUCGGAAACCCAGAAUGAUGCAGCAGAUAGAUAUGAAAGAAACUGGAAUAAUGUUGAAGAAGAAGAUGAUCCAGAAAAUGAAUAUAUGGAGGCACAUAAGAAAUUUUGUUCAGAACCAUUUGAUGAUCAAAAUGAUGAAGAUGAACAGUUUUUAAAUAAACCACACAGAAAUAUGUACAAUGAAAAUCAUUAUUCUAGAGAACUAUCUGGUGCAAGACAUUUUGAUGAUGAUUAUACACGACCCUUAAGUCAAUCAAGAGAAUCACAAGUCUUGAGAAAUCCUGACGAUAAAUAUGUCCGACCACACUCCCAAUUUUCUAGAAAUAUUAAUCCAGGAUAUUCUCAAGAAAUGCCAGCAUUAAAAAACAAUGAAGAUGAUUUCUUUAAACCUCAAAAAAGUAUAAGAAAUACGGAUAAAAGAUUUCCUAUAGAAACACCACUUUUAAAUGAUAAUGAUGGAGAGUAUUCUAAUGAACCUAUUAUUGAUAAAAAUAAUUUUGUAUCUCCAAAGAAUAGUUAUGAACAAAAUAAAAGUGGACCAACUUUUAGAGAAAAUUAUGAAUCAUAUAGAGAUGGAUCUCCCUCAGUAGGAAAUUAUGAUUCAUUUAGAGGUGGAGGACCACCUUCAAGAGAAAAUUUUGAAUCUUUUAGAAAUGAACCGUCCUUAAGAGGAAAUUAUGACUCAUUUAGAGGUAGGCCAUCCUCAAGAGGAAGUUAUGAAUCAUUUAGAGGUGGGCCACCCUCAAGAGAAAAUCAUAACUCGUCUAGAGGACGACCACUAUCAAGGGGAAAUUAUAACUCAUUUAGAGAUGGGCCACAUUCAAGAGGAAAUUUUGGUAACAAUACAAAUAAAGCCAAUAUGGAACGGGAAUGGGAUGAGGACUACACAAAAAAUGAAAAACCAAUUGAAGAUCCCAUAGUUUCACUUCCAACUACAAAGCAACUUUAUGAAGAAGCUCAGCCAAUUGAUCCAGUUAAAAUAUUUGAUUAUCGUCAUUUACCUACAUUAAAAGUAAUUCCAGGAUUAUCAAAGGAAACUGUGGUUCCCGUUAGAAUUUAUGAUUAUAAACAUGGAGGUAAACGCAUACUACCGUGGCAAGAUAGAGGUUAUAGUAGAAGAAAUUCAAAUCAUACCAGAGAUUUAAUUGAACAAGAAGAUUUUAUCCAAGAUAAUACUGAUGAUGGCUUAAAUAAAAGUAAAGAAAAUAUAGUUAUAAACCCCAUAGUCAGCUUAAAUGAUAUUUCAUCAAAUAUUGAUAAAAACAAAACUGUUGAAAUUAUUAAAGAAACUCCUAUAACAAUUGAUACUAUAACUAUUUUGGAUGAUGAGGAUGAAGAUGUGAAGGAAGCGGAGCCUGUAAUUGUAUUACAGCCAGAGCCUGUAAUUGAUAUAAUAGAUAUGUGUGCACCAUCUCCUCCUAAAGUGUCUAAGAUCAAUGAAGUUGAAAAAUCAUCUAAUCGACAGUUAUUAACCAUUGAGACGUUAUUAUGUCCACCUGGUCGACUUAAUAGACCUUCCAAAAUAGUUAUAAUACUAAGAGGUUUACCUGGUUCAGGAAAAUCGCAUGUUGCAAGACUAAUCAAAGAGAAAGAAGUAGCGAUGGGAGGGCAAGCUCCGAGAAUAUUAUCAUUAGAUGAUUAUUUCAUGACAGAAGUAACAAAAAUGGAAAUUGAUCCUGAAACCAAUAAAAAAGUGGAAAAAAAGGUUAUGGAAUAUGAACAUGAUUCUGCAAAUGAAAAUUUAUACCGAAUAUCCUUUAUAAAAGCAUUUAAAAAAAAAAUUUUGGAAAAUUAUUUUUCGUUUUAUAUUAUUGAUGCCAUUAAUAAUAAAGUGUCAUAUUAUAAAGAAAUAAUAGAGAUUUCUCGGAUGAACGGGUUUACUGUCUAUAUUAUUGAAUUAGAAUUUGAUAUUGAUUUGUGUAUCAAGCGUAAUAUUCAUAAUAGAACAGCCCAUGAUAUUAAUAGUAUAAUGAGAUCUUGGGUUAAAACGCCUUCUGAUCAAAUACUGCUGGAUAUACGGUCAUUACUUCUUUCACCUUCAGAAAGCGAGAUGGAAAUGGAAGACGUCUCAGAUGUUGAAAUGGAAGUGGAUAAAGACGAAGAAACCAAUGAUGACAAAAGUUCUGAUGAAAAUAGAAAUGUUGAAUUUGAAGAAGAGGACGUCAUGAAAUUAUUGUCUUGCAAAUGGACUGAUACUAUACCUCAAGAAGAAAAGAUGAAAAGAUUGGAUGGGCUAUGUAAGAAAAAGCCAGAAAGCUCAAUAAAAGAAUGGCUGCAAAUACCUGAAGAUAAUUACUCCGUUAACGAACAAGUAGUCUUAAAUGAUGGUAAAAAAAGGGUUCGCUGGGCUGAUAUGGAAGAAAGGCGCGAACAAGAAAAAAUGCGUGCUAUAGGCUUUGUUGUUGGGCAAACAGACUGGAAUCGGAUGUUAGGCCGGGAUCAAGGUGAAAGCAAGUUAACACAAACAAAAUAUAUUUGACCAUUUCAAUAUGUUAUAAUGUGCUUAACUUAAUAAACAAUAUUUAUUUUUAUUAUUUUUAAAUGUAUAUAUUAAAAUGUUUAUAAUUGAAAAAAAAUUAUUUAAGAACUAUCUGUGUGCCUUUGCUAAACAACUUUUAUUAGGUUAACUGAAUUCAUUAUUAUGUAUAAAAAAUAUACAUAGUUCAUAUUACAUAUGUUUGAGUUGUAACAAUACUGUAAAAUAAAGAAAUCAAGAAACAAAACAACGGAUUAAAUUUAAUCACCUUAGAAUUUAACACCAAAAAAGAAUAUUGUAAAAUAUUUGGGACUCGACAGGUUCAAAGCUUGUCGUUGGGUGAAACAGAUAAUCUUGACUGACUUUCGAAAAUCUCCCGCAAAAUAACACAAUACAAUGUUAUUUCCAUGUUUCGCACUUGCCCAGGUGUAUGCAAUUUGAAGAGUCAACAGCCAUGACUGUGAAGUAUGCCCAUCGGUGUCUUCUAAAUUAUGUUCCCAAUCAUUAUUAUAGUCAUAUUAUAAACCGUUAGCUUUAUUUUAUUUUUACCGCUAAAUUUUAAUUGUACUGACUUAGUCUGUGAGUAUGUUUGUUUCUUGAUUUCUAUUAUUAUUAUCAUUUAAGUAAAACAAUAUUAUAAUAUUU